ACACAUCAUGUACAAGGUGCAAAUCAACCUUCUGCAUUAGGUUGGGCGUAAAAACGAAAACCAGAGAACCUGGAGGAAAAUCGUGCUGACAGAAGGAAAACAUGCCAAACUCCUCAAAAACAGAGGGUUGAACCUGGAAUUGAAUCCGUGUCAUUAGGGGUCAUGUUGCUGUGCGGCACCCGUUCUACCAAAAUAAAUGUAAAGACGCGAUCGUAUCGUUCGAUUCUCAUGGUUUAAAUCCGAAUUGGAAUCGACUCCAGAAUCAAAAAAGCACCGAGUAGAGCUUCAUAUAGACCCAAGGCGCAAUGAUACCUCCGCGGAGCCGGCGGAAGGAUCGAAUUUUUAAAAACGUCAUCGUCGUGCUUAGGUUAUCGUCAAGGCAAAAAUGUCUGCCUAAGGGAAACUCGCAACUUGGAUAUUUCACAAACAUAAUAACAUAAACAUCGACUUCACUGUCCUUCUGAGGCGAAUUAGAGAGAGAUACAUUACCGCUACAAUACCGACCGUUCCCAGUCGGAUAUUAAUCGCGAAAAAAGAAUUAAGGGAUUGCAGGGAUCGUAAGAAUGAAUCCUCAGCAGCGGGUUGCCGCUAUUGGGACGGAUAAGGAAUUAAGUGACCUGCUGGAUUUUAGUGCAAUGUUUUCACCGCCGGUGAGCAGUGGGAAAAACAGACCUACGACUUUGGGAAGCAGCCAGUUCAGUGCAUCAGGUAUAGAUGAGAGGACAACCGAGGCAUCUUGGACCCCAGGUGGCCAGUCCAGCCCUUCGUAUGACGAGUCCUCCAGGGGUUUUGCAGACAGCCCUCAUUAUGGUGAUCACUUGAGUGACAGUCGAUUAGUGCCCCAUGAAGGAUUGUCCCCGACACCUUUCAUGAGCUCCAGCAUAAUGGGAAAAUCUGACAGAGCUCCGUUUCCUGCGCUCGGGAGAGAGCCAGGUGUCUCUGGAUGCCAGUCCAAUCUAAGGUCAGAAAUAGGACUGACCAGCCCGGGUCCCGUCACCACAGCCGGAAAGUCUCCAGCUCCUUUCUACUCCUUUACAGGCUCCAAUCCACGGAGGCGCUCUCUUCAGGACUCACCUCUGGAUCCUUUGCAAACAAAGAAAGUACGGAAGGUUCCCCCGGGCCUGCCGUCAUCGGUGUACGCACCGUCUCCAAACUCAGAUGAAUUUAACAGAGAUUCCCCUUCCUACCCUUCCUCCAAACCUCCCAACAGUAUGUUUGCCAGCACUUUUUUCGACGCGAACCACAAUUCGUCUGACCCCUGGAACUCGUCCAAUGGAAUCAGCCAGCCUGCCUACGGGGGAAUCCUGGGAGGAUCUUCAUCUCAUAUGCCACAGUCUGGAAACUACAGCAGCCUGCAUUCUCACGAACGCCUGAACUACCCCCCACACCCAGUGUCCCCCUCGGACAUCAACGCCAGCCUGCCGCCCAUGUCCAGCUUCCACCGGAGUGCGGCCAGCACCUCGCCCUUCGUCACCGCCUCCCACACUCCACCCGUCAACACCACAGAUGGGGUUAUGGCUGCUGCCAACAGAGGAAAUGCGACUGGAAGUUCUCAGACUGGAGAUGCACUGGGGAAAGCCCUCGCCUCGAUUUACUCUCCUGAUCACACCAGCAGUAGUUUUCCCUCCAACCCUUCCACUCCGGUGGGCUCGCCUUCUCCGCUCACAGCCCAGGCUGGCGCUUCCUCAGCUGGUACAGUGGUGACGGCCAGCGGCCCAACAGGACGGGCAGGCACUACCCAGUGGCCUCGUGCACCCGGACAGACCCCGUCUUCCCCGAACUAUGAGAACACUCUCCACUCUUUGUCACGAAUGGAGGACAGACUAGACGAUGCCAUCCUUAUUCUGCGGAACCACGCCGUAGGCUCCACCACCCCUCUGCCCAACGACAUCCACAGCCUGCUCGGACAGACACACAACGGGCCAGUCGCGGCCAUCGGCUCCAACUUCCCCUCGUCCGGAUUGGUCGGCAGCAGAACGGCGUCUAUGGGUCCUGCUCAUCGUGAGGAGACCGCCGGCCUAAACGCUAACCAUUCAGGACUGCAGAGCAGCGCCGGGCCGGCCGCCAGCACCGAGCUGACCCACCAGGCCAAAAGUUUUAUAGGACUCGCUAGCAGACUGGCAAGUCAGGUGGCACCAUCUCUGGAACUUAAAAUUGAGAAUCAGAACAAAGAUGACAUGCACGACAGCCACACCUCGGAUGACAUCAAGUCAGAUGACGAGAGGGACGUUAGGACGCCUAGAGGAGGAACUCGAACAAACAGCAUUACCGAAGAUGAUGAUCUGAACCCAGAGCAGAAAGCAGAACGUGAUCGCGAGAGGAGAAUGGCCAACAACGCAAGAGAGCGGCUGCGAGUGCGUGACAUCAACGAAGCGUUUAAGGAGCUGGGCCGCAUGUGCCAGCUUCACCUGAAGAGCGAGAAGCCCCAGACCAAAUUGCUCAUCCUGCAUCAGGCUGUUGCAGUUAUUCUUAACCUGGAGCAGCAAGUCAGGGAGAGGAACCUAAACCCCAAAGCAGCCUGCCUUAAAAGGAGAGAGGAGGAGAAGGUUUCGGGGGAAGCACAGCAGACUCAUCCAUCGGUUCACCCCAGCCUCACAGACACAUCCAACCCCAUGGGCCACCUGUGAGCACUUAGAAGAUCAAAUUGGUGCAGUGGGAGUGUGUAAGAUUGGGUUGGUGACCUUGCUUUCCAGGGGAAGGCGGGACUCGCAGCUCGUGACACAAAUUCGAAAAGACAAAGAGCCACCACUGCAAGCCAAAUUCCGCCGCCCGGCGACCCCGAGCGCGAAGAAAAACGUGCAAACGCCUAACUCCCUCCAAAAUUCGUUCGGCGAAAUUUCUCUCGGCCCUGGGGAAAUAUGCACACAGCAACGGAAAGCCCUUCAGCACGUACGCAACGCCCGUUCUGCGAACGCUGUGACACUUCUGUACAAUCAGAGACUGUCGCGGUCCCUCCAGCCUCCACGUGGAAGUUGCAUUGUGCCUAAACUGAAUUGACGAAUGCAUUGUAACAGCAAUUGUUUGUUUGCUUUGUUUGUUUGUUUGUUUGUUCGUUUUUUUGUUUUUUUCCUAUUUAUUAUGUUACUGAGCUAUAAAAUUAACGUUUAAAGGGAAAGUAACGACAUUGCUUUGAAAAGAGUCAGAAAAGCUGACAGAAUUUUGGUAGAUCUUCAGUUUGCCAAACAGAGCGAAUGAAUGGAUGGAAACUCUGAAGUGCUCUGUGCCAACACAGCCAAGUCACAUAAGGAGUCUUUCACAUCAGUGUCAUUUUAAUUGACUCACAGAAGUCUCACAUGUCCUCCCUUUUUGUUUAGAAAAGUAAGAAAUAAUAUAUUAUUUUGUAUUUAUGAGAAAUUCAUUCCACAUCAACAGUAUGAGAAGCCAAAGCUACCUAACGAUGCGUGUUGUCUACUAUAAAUGAGAUUUAUCGAUAGACGUGUGCAUUUUUUUUUUCUUCUGAGGCCGGGACGGCAAACUGGAGCUUUACUGAAAAGUCAGAGGUCAACUGCGGGCUGACGUGUUUAUAGUCAUUAGCGAGCAGUAAAAAAAAAUGGAGCGCAGACCAGUAAUAAACCAUAGCAUUCCCUGCAUACUUCAUAAGUGUCUUAACCGAAAGAAGAAGACGCGCCUUUCUCCUAUCCAGUCAAUUCCUUUGCCGUAUAGUGUUAAGUGGAAAGAGAGAAAGGCUUAUUUUCAUUUAUUACAGUCUGUCGAUUUUGCAUUCUUGGAUUUCUGCUUUGUUAGACUAGACUAGUCAUCUUCUAUAUAUACUUGCUCAUACAUGCAGCUCGAUAACAUGUAUGUGUAUGAACACACCUAAACGUUCUGUUCAGUACAGGACAAAUCAGCAAUAUACUGGAUCAAGCUACACACCAAACUACAUCCUGCUGUAGUGAACAAUAGAACGUGAAAUCAGUACCGCUGGUUUCUAUUAUUAUGCACUGUUUCGUAAGUACUAUGUGAUUUGGGUUACUGCACAACACUUAAUGGUUAUUCUUACAAAUCAGAAACUGUAAUAUUGCCGUUUACAGUGGCUGUGUCACGAAUGCCAUCAUUUUUAAUGUAAUGACACUUCUUCUAAGACUCAUUGGCCACAAUUUAAACAUCUAUUCAGCUCUUGUGUUCGCUUCACUAGCCAGUUGUUACAUGAUGGAAUACGGUAAAAUGGCAUUACAUUUCAACCAUGACAUUUCUUUGAAAAUACUGUGAUAAUAGUUUUCAGGAACAACAGUAGAUUUGAGACACAGUCUUUUGCUGACGUCACAUUGUGCUGUACUGCCUCCGCCGUCGAGCACAGCAUGCCAAUGUGCGCUUUCAUACUCGUACAUGUUGUUAAAGGCAAGUAUACUCCUGGCUUUAGAUGUAGCUAAUGUCAGAAAGUGUAGAUUCAAAACGACGACCAUACCAUCAUCUGGCCUGAAUUUAGGUUUUUUUUUUUAAUCAUUAUUAUUUGUAUUAGAAAAUACAAAAAAAUCUGAGAGAAUCAUACUGCAGUUAUCCAUGUUAUAUGUUUCUUUUUAGUUGUAUACGGAGCAUCUCUAGGCUUCAAGGUAAAGCAUGUAUUGGCCUGUGUAAAAUAGAACCAGAUUCUGGGUUCGUACUCAGGACGGCUUUGUCUCUCCUCCUCGCGGAAGUACGUGUGAUCAACUGUGUGUGCAAAGACGAUAAAUCUGAAAUCAGCAACCAGGAAAAAAUAAUGAACAAAACCUUUUUUAUAGUCGCUUUGUUUGUUUUCUGUGUGUAUAUUCUACGUUUGGUCUUAAUUCUCAUGUUUGUUUCUUUGUUUUCCCGUCUGUCUUCCAUAUGCAUGCUCAUAACUGCCACAUUUAAAUAAAAAAAAGAAAUUCGGAACAAACAUCGAAAAAUGCAGAAAUCUCUAUGAAAAUCUCAGAAAUCAUUUUGGUUUCUUUCUUCUCUUCUUUUUUUACCUUUGUGGUACCUGUUUGUCUUCGUGGCCUUGUUAUACAUUUCAGUAUUGAAGAGCUUGUGCUGUUGCUGGCUGAAGUCCAUCGAGGUUUUGUCAUCUUUCCUAUUUUUUUCUGCGUUUUCGUUCCUCUGUUGGAUAUGUUAGACUUUGCUGUACGCCCUGAUGCUUUCCCUUAUAAGAUAAGAAAAAACGAUAUUAAAAAAAGGAUAAAAAAAAAAAGCAUUUGGCUUUUAUUUUCACUGUAGUUAGCCUUUUAUACAAUAAUAUUGUAAGAUCAUUUCUUGAAGUCUAAAUAUUACUCUUUCUAGAUUUUUGAAAAUCAAAAAGUUUUGAGUAAAAAGUUUCUUACUUUAUUUUACUAUAUUAGAUAGUAAAAAAAGUAUGGUUAUUUACCAUAACCUGUCCGCUCUUAUUAAAAAUAAUACGUAUAGCAUCUUGCGAGCUUAUGUAGGAGUAGCUGGAGGUGUAGUGUGUAUGGAGUGUCGUACGAGCUCGGUGUUCUGUAGGAUGUGCUCUCCAUCUCUGGUUCUAGUCCGCAUCGUUGGUUGAUUUGUUUUGCUCCCUUGUCCAAAUAUCCGUGGUAUUGUCGACGGAAACCAGCAGCAAGAAAUCAAAUGUCUUUUCUGUCUUUGUAACAGAAGAACACGAUAUGUAUAUAACAUUUAUGUAGCAAUAAAUGUGCCAUCUUUUUAA